GCGCAGCGGAGCGGCGGCGGCGGCGCGCAGGGCCAUGUCGGCGCCGUGCCUGCGCCUGCCCGCCGCCGGGUCAGCACCGGCGGAGGCGGACAGCGCCGGCGGCAUGGAGCCGCCCGCCGCCGCCGCCGCCGGGGCCGCCGCGGCCGCCGCCCUGGAGCUGGCCCUGGAGGAGGAGUUGGCGCUGCUGGCCGCCGCCGGGGAACCUCCGGAGCCGCCGCCCGCCGCCGCUGUCCGCGACCCCGAGCUGCUCUCACUGAUCCGGCAGAAGGAGAAGGACCUGGUGCUGGCGGCGCGGCUGGGCAAGGCGCUGCUGGAGCGCAACCAGGACAUGAGCCGCCAGUAUGAGAGGAUGCACAAGGAGCUCACCGACAAACUGGAGCACCUAGAACAAGAGAAACAUGAACUCCGGAGGCGAUUUGAAAACAAAGAAGGAGAAUGGGAAGGAAGGGUGUCUGAACUGGAAAGUGAUGUGAAGCAGCUGCAGGAUGAGCUGGAGAGGCAGCAGGUUCACCUGCGUGAAGCCGACCGUGAGAAGACACGGGCAGUCCAGGAACUCUCUGAACAGAACCAAAGACUCCUGGACCAGCUCAACAGGGCAUCGGAGGUGGAGCGGCAGCUCUCCCUGCAGGUCCACACCCUGCGGGAGGACUUUCGGGAGAAGAACUCCUCCAGCAGCCAACACAUCGUGCGGCUAGAGAGUCUCCAGGCCGAGAUCAAAAUGCUGACAGACAGGAAGCGGGAGCUGGAGCAUCGCCUUAGUGCCAUGAUGGAGGAGAACGACCUGCUCCAGGGAACUGUGGAGGAGCUGCAGGACCGAGUCCUCAUCCUUGAGAGACAAAGCCAUGACAAAGAUCUGCAGUUGCACCAAAGCCAGCUGGAGCUCCAGGAAGUGCGCCUGUCUUACCGGCAGCUGCAGGGCAAGGUAGAAGAGCUCAGUGAGGAGAGGAGUCUCCAAAACUUCAACACAACCAGCACUUCCCUGCUAUCUGAAAUAGAGCAGAGCAUGGAGGCAGAGGAGCUGGAACAAGAACGAGAACAGCUGAGGCUGCAGCUCUGGGAAGCAUAUUGCCAAGUGCGGUACCUCUGCUCACAUCUCAGAGGAAACGACAGCGCAGACUCAGCGGUCUCUACAGACUCCUCCAUGGAUGAGUCUUCAGAAACCUCAUCAGCCAAAGAUGUCCCAGCUGGUAGUCUACGAGCAGCUCUCAGUGAGCUGAAAAGACUGAUACAAAAUGUGCUGGAUGGGGCAGACUCCACGAGCUCCCGACGAAGUGACGAUGACACCUUAGAGGAGCAGAUCAGGAGAACAAGCGAGGAUUCGCGGGCCCUGAGGGAAUUAAUGGAUGGAGAACGGGGGAAGCUGAGGCAGAGCUUGGAGGAGCUGCAGCGACUGCACAGCCAGGUCACACUGCUGAGUGUGGAAAUGACAACGCUGAAGGAGGAACGGGACCGACUGCGAGGUGCUGCUGAAGACAAGGAGGCAAGUGAACAGCUCCUGCAAGCCAUCAGGGACCGAGAUGAGGCCAUUGCCAAGAAGAACGCGGUGGAGGUGGAGCUGGCCAAGUGCAAGGUCGACAUGAUGUCCCUCAACAGCCAGCUGCUGGAUGCCAUCCAGCAGAAGGUAAACCUCUCACAGCAGCUGGAAGCCUGGCAGGAUGACAUGCACAGGGUCAUCGACCAGCAGCUGAUGGACAAACACCCGAAGGAAUGGAGCCAGCUUGCUUAUUCCUUCUCCAGUGGCUACGGCGCCAAGCGGAGUGCCAGACCCUGCCCCGUGGCCAGGCCGGGGGCGCAGGGGGACGAGCCUGCUGGGGCAGAAGGGAACCGUCUCUUUUCCUUUUUCAAGAAAAAUUAAUUUGAAAAAGAGAAACCUCUCCAGCAGUUCCUGCUUCGAGAUGGGGAGUGGGGCAGCUGCCCAGCUUGCUGAGGGACCCAAGUCUGAUCCAAUAAGAAAAAAAAGAAGGGGGCAAAGGAGUUAACCUUUCAGACUCUGCACUAUUUACACCGCACCUGGUCUGAACCAAAUGUUUACAUGAACUGGAGAUGUGCAAACUGACAAUGUGAUACUAGCAGAAAGAAACUUUUCCUAUUCUUUAAGCGAAGUGAUAAACUUCAGGGUAUAUUUUAGGAGCUCUGGCAAAGUCCAGUUUCUGCUGUGAAGAACAGUCUGAUUGUAUUAAAAGCAUUCUCAUGCUGGAGAAGGAAAUCAGCAGCCCUGAGACAAAGCAAUGCAAGGGAUUGAGAACGGCCAUCAUAGUGAGCACAGGAGGAAGAAGGCGGCUGAAUGCAAGAGGAGAGAGGGGAGCUGUACCGCUCUCCGGUCCUGGCAGCUUCAUCCAUCCCACUGAGAUGGGAGUUGCUCUGGCCCCAGCACUGCCAUGUUUUGCCAAGUGUAGCAUUCUAUGUGGUGGAAGUUGAGUCCUCACUGCAGAUCCUGCCUGGGCACCAUCUCCCCUGCAGCUCUGCGUAGCUGCUCACCCCUCGCUGGGAAUCCAGGCUCCUCGCAGAUCUGGGCAGUGUAAAGUGGCUGAUGUUACUGUCUUCUUUAGCUCCCUCCUGUUACAGAGAUAAGAGUUGCAGAAUCUGUAGUGGCACAGAAUGCUAAGGAUUUCUCCCCAGGAGACUGACCAUCUACAACAGAUUACAAACUGGAUGAGAGUUGUGGAUGUUCAGUCCUGGAGCACCUACUGUCCAUCCAACGGCCAAAGGUAGUUGUGGAGCUUCCGCAAGUCACACACCUUCCCCCAAAACCACGUACCCCUGCAGAACAGAGAAAGAAACCUGUCAUUUUCACUGGCAUACUGAAAGCCUAACAGUUCACUGAAAGCCCAACUUUGAUGCUGGAUGGGCACACUUGAUCCUCAGAAAGCAUGCAGGCAUCUACCUUCACUAAAGCCAAAGGCAAUUAGUGUAUCUACAAAGCUCUGGAAAUUCUGCAGCUUUCUCUGCCCCAGUCACAUUAGCUAUGGCCUGAUGAAAAUGAUGAGUAUUUGUCCCUUCCUGUGGGUUUCUUUACUACUCAGCCCUUUGGCGAGCAGGCAGCCACAUCUCCUUUUGACUGAAGAUGAUCAGAGCCUGCUUUGCUGCAAGCAUGACUUGAUCAACAGGAAGGAAUGUAGCGUAUUUGCUGUAUGCACACAGUGGUGCUGGAAAUCCUGCAAUACUUAAAUAGGGACCUUCCCUAUGCACUGGAUGGGCACCUUACAGCUCUUCUCUUUAACACAGUCUACCAUCAUAAACCAGCAAGGAGCACCAGCCUAGGCUCAGAGAUGUCCUGCUGUCAUGCAAUUUCCACACAUUCUCCAGCUCAUAAUAACCCACAGGCCGUAAUUUGUUUUCCCAUUGCUUUAAAGAGACUACCACCUACACUGUCCCACAGGAAACAGAGCUAGGUACACAUUCAGCUCUGCCCUGCUCAGCAACUUAGGUGCUAAAACACCAUCCUACAGGAAGCUGCUAUUCUCUGCUCACUAUUUACAGUAACAAACUUUCUGCUAGAAUUAGGUAUCAAACACCUUCUUCGAAGAAGCAGGUAAGAGAUUGGUGGCUUGAGUUUAUUAUUACUCAACUUAUCUAUAUGAUACAACAUCCAUAAUACCUCAGUAUAAAUAUCCUUUUUGCCUACAAAGAUUUGAGCAUUCCCAUAUUUCCUUGUUAGCAUGAAACUACCACACUGGUAUGAAAUCAUCUUGCACUGAGGUAGCUCCAUGUUGCAAGGAGCAGAGUACUCAUUGGGAUUGAAAAUGAUGGUAAAAAGCUGAGCAGUGAAGCCCGUUGACCUGAAAGCAAUGAAACUUGGGCUGCAGAUCCUGCUCCAGGAAAUAGCUGGGUGAAGCACCACCAAUACAGUUUGAUGGUGCUUACAGGGAAAGGAGUCUAGAGUCGAGCAGGCAAGGAAGGAAACUGAACCUUGACCUCUCCUUUCUUGGCAAUGCUCAGCUGUUGAGUAUCUGCUUGUACCUGCCUGUGCAAGUGAGGGAAAGAGACAGUGCAGUCCCAAGCACACUCCCAGGAUGGCAAGACCUCAUCCCCCCAUCUCACCUGUGUUGUGACCCUCAAUAGUGCAGACAUGAGGCACAUGCUCAGCAUCCCCUGCUGCCAGGACUCAGUUACACCCAUCUGCAUUAGCACUGAUACCUGCAAAAUGAGGUGUGGGUUCAUGGAUGCCAGCGAUACCUGUGAACAUUUGUCCUAUAUGCUGUUUGAAAGCAAUGCUCUGCUUAUUGUGGGAGAGCCAUCUGAACAUCUUGGUCCUUGCACACCUCUAUUCUGCUGUCAGUUGUCACUUCCUAAACCCAAACAGCUCUCUUCAAGCCACAUGCCCAGCUGUGUGGGUCUCUACCCCCAUGAAGAUGUAUGGAUGAACACAUGUAUGGAUGCAAUCCUAAGGCACGGGCCUUAAGUUACCCAAUGAAGAUGCAGUAAUGAGAUGAAGAAAGGUGCCUUCUGCUUCAAGUUUGCUGAAAGUGACUCAUUCAGUUGCAGGGGUAGGCAACUGAAAUGCACAGCACUUCAUUUAAGGAGGAACCUACCUUAAUCCCAUUCCAAUUUUAUUUAUUUAAAUAGUGGUGGAAGAGAUUGCAAGAGGAAAGUCAGCAUGUUCUAAGGUGCCAGUCGGGUAUGGUUUCUUAAAACUAGCCCCUCAACCCUAAAGACUUGGUUGCACUACUAAACCCAAUUCUCUUGUUUCUGGGUUUAAUGAACUGGACAACACACCAAAGGAGACCUCCUUGUGCUGAGCUGCUACUCAACAGGAACAGAAACUGCCUUAACAUAGCAGCUAGGUUUUGUUGUUUUGUCUUUGAAAACCUCAUCAAUGCUCCUUUACUCUCAUUUGCAAUGUUGUGUUUUAACAAGGUCCCAACUACUUUACCUUGAGCUGUCAUUAAAACACUCCAUCUCCAUCCUGUCAUGGCCAGGAGCCUGGAAUCAUCCUUGCAGUGCUGGAUUAGAAGACACUCCACUUGUAAUACUUCAUGCUUCCAGGACACACAUAGCAUAAAGGACACCAUUGGCUCCAGUGAACAAGAUGGAAGAAGCACUUUAGUCCAGCAGGUACUCAGGAUCCCAGAGCAGAUGUAAGGAAUGGGAUCAGCAGCUCUAAAGACACCACUCACCCUUGCUUUUGAGAUAGUGGUAAAUAAACCAGUAGUGCUGCACAGUCACUGUUCAAAUAUUGCACAGGAGAUGCCUGCUGAGAUUAAGGUUACAAAGAACGUUCCCACAGUUAAGUAAGAGGCGACUCUUCAGGCAAAUGUUUGUUAUGCUAGCCUAAGGGGAAAGGGAUCCAUCUCCCUUUAGUGAAUGCUGCAGGGGAAGCGACUGUAAACAAGAAGUAACUAACAAGUGCGUGCAAGGGAAAGGCAAGUCAGUAGCACUUUAUCCUCAUACAAACACAGAUCAGCAACUUGCCCUUGAGAUGAACAAUAGAUCAAUAAAUGGCAACAGGAUCGUUUUGCACAGAGAAGCAAGAAGUGAGGUUAGAGGUAGUGCUGCACGCACAAGGACCUGAGAGCUGCGUGCCCUUGUCUGGCUUAGAAAGGUAAAUUCCAGCUAUGCCUCUACAUCAGGCAAACCCCACUCAGCUAGAAGAGAGAGAUUGUUUUAACCAAAAAGCCAAGAAAGGAGGUGCCUGGGUGCUGCAGCAAUGAUUCCCUUAGACUGAGAGGGGAAAAGCACACAGCAGGGACAAGCAGAAAGAAUGUAUCUAUAGAUAUGUACAUAUACCACAGUGCUGUAAUUUUUGUAUGUAGCAGUAAUGUAAAUAAAUGUAUGGUUUUUAUAAGAUACCUAUUACAAAAGUCUAUAAAGGCAUAUUUUUAGUAAAAAAGAUGCUGUACUUCUUUUGUAAAUAGUUCUCUUCAGAAUA